UGGCGGAGCAGAGGAGCAGGAGGAGGGUCUGUCGGAUGGUCAGGCUCUCAGAAUCCUCUGCAUGCUCUCUGUUCUGAAGUUUUGUUGGAUUUGUUGCUGGAUGUGAUGAUAACGUGGAUAUUUGCUGUAAAAAGUCCCUGUACCAGUGAAGAGGAAGUUCUGCAGGGCGUCAUGGAGGUGUCAUGCACCUUUAACCCAAACAUCCAUGGUUAAAUGGAGAUCACUACAGCGGCUGGUCCUCCUCUAGAACACGCUUCUUCUGCCUGUCAGAACGUACACGUUUAAUCUUUAAACACAUGCGCUGAGCUGUUAUCUCCACGCUGCAGACGUCAGCAGGAGGUUCUCUGCGACGAUGUGGAAGUGAGCAUGCUCAAAGCCCUGAUCGUUACCAUGGCGAUAUUUAGUGGCGGCCAGGCGUGCAGCGGUCAGGACAACUGCUCCGCCCACAGCGAGUCCAAAGACUACUGCUACUCGGCACGGAUCCGCAGCACGGUGCUGCAGGGGCUGCCGUUCGGAGGAGUGCCCACCGUGCUCGCCCUCGACUUCAUGUGCUUCCUGGUGCUUCUCUUCGUCUUCUCCAUCCUGAGGAAGGUGGCAUGGGACUACGGACGCCUGGCGCUGGUCACCGACGCCGACAGACUGAAGAAACGUUUCAGCGACCUGGAGGAGCGGGAAUACGUUGCCUCGGCGAUGCACUCGGAGACACCGGACCGCUACGAGCGUCUGACUUCGGUGUCGAGCUCGGUCGACUUCGAACAGAGAGACAACGGCUUCUGCUCGUGGCUGACGGCGAUCUUUAGAAUAAAGGAUGAGGAGAUCAGGGAGAAGUGUGGUGAGGACGCCGUUCACUAUCUGUCCUUCCAGCGUCACAUCAUCGGCCUGCUGGUCGUCGUUGGCGUCCUCUCUGUCGGCAUCGUCCUGCCUGUCAACUUCUCUGGAGACCUGCUGGAAAAUAAUGCCUACAGCUUUGGACGCACCACGAUAGCCAACCUGAAGUCUGGGACGAACCUGCUGUGGCUUCACACGGUGUUUGCCUUCAUGUAUCUGCUGCUGACGGUCUACAGCAUGAGGAGACACACGUCCAAGAUGCACUACAAGGAGGACGACCUGGUGAAGCGCACUUUGUUCAUCAAUGGCAUCUCGAAAUACGCAGAGGAGUCUCAGAUCAAGCAACACUUUGAGCAAGCAUAUGAGAACUGCACAGUCCUGGAGGCUCGGAUCUGCUACAACGUAGCCAAACUGAUGGCUCUGAAUGCAGAGAGGAAGAAGACGGAGCGCAGUAAGAAGUUUUUCACCGACCUGAUGGCCAAGGAACACGUUCCAACGAUGAUCAACCCCAAACCCUGUGGACACCUCUGCUGUUGCGCCAUCGCCGGCUGUGAGGAGGAGGAGGCGGUGAGCUUCUACACCAAGAGGGAGGCCAAACUGAAGGAGGAGUACAGGAAGGAGAAGGAGAAGGUCCACACCAAACCGCUGGGCAUGGCCUUCGUCACCUUCCAGAACGAGGCCAUGACCGCCAUCAUCCUGAAGGACUUUAAUGCGUGCCAGGUUCAGGGCUGUCACUGCCGCCAGGAGCCGCGAUCCUCUCAGUUCAGCGAGUCUCUUCACGUUCAUAACUGGAGCGUUUCGUACGCGCCCGACCCGCAGAACGUCCGAUGGGAGCACCUGUCGCUGGGCGGGAUCUCAUGGUGGAUUCGCUGCUUCAUCAUUAACUGCAUCCUGUUCAUUCUGCUCUUCUUCCUCACCACCCCGGCCAUCAUCAUCACCACCAUGGACAAGUUCAACGUCACCAAGCCCGUCGAGUAUCUCAACAAUCCCAUUAUCACUCAGUUCUUCCCCACUCUGCUGCUGUGGGCGUUCUCAGCUCUGCUGCCCACAAUCGUCUACUACUCCGCCUUUUUCGAGGCUCACUGGACCAGGUCUGGAGAAAACAGGACGACGAUGCAUAAAUGUUAUACCUUCCUGAUCUUCAUGGUUCUGCUGCUGCCGUCGCUCGGACUCAGCAGCCUGGAUGUUUUUUUCCGCUGGCUCUUCGAUAAGAAGUUCUUGGCUGACGCUAAAAUCCGGUUCGAGUGCGUCUUCCUGCCAGAUAAUGGCGCAUUCUUCGUGAACUACGUCAUCGCCUCAGCGUUCAUCGGUAACGCCAUGGACCUGCUGAGGAUCCCGGGUCUGCUCAUGUAUAUGAUACGCCUGUGCCUGGCUCGCUCCGCCGCCGACCGCCGCAACGUCAAGAGGCAUCAGGCCUAUGAGUUUCAGUUUGGAGCGGCGUACGCCUGGAUGAUGAACGUGUUCACCGUGGUGAUGGCGUACAGCAUCACCUGCCCCAUCAUCGUCCCUUUCGGUCUGAUGUACAUGCUGCUCAAACACCUGGUGGACAGGUACAACAUGUACUACGCCUACCUGCCCUCCAAACUGGACAAGAAGAUCCACUCAGGAGCCGUCACCCAGGUGGUGGCCGCCCCCAUCCUCUGCCUCUUCUGGCUGCUCUUCUUCUCCACUGUACGCACAGGGUUCGAGACGCCGACCUCCAUGUUCACCCUGGUGGUCCUGGUGGUCACCAUUGUGGUGUGUCUGUCCCACGUCUGCUUCGGACAUUUCAAGUACCUCAGCGCCCACAACUAUAAGAUCGACACCAAGGAGACCGACGUGGACGCCGUGGAGAACGGACGUCCUGCUCGUCCCUCGUCCUCGCCAACCACCAAAUCUCAGCAGCAGCAGCAACAGCAGCAGCAGCAGAUGUACAUCGCCCAGGUGCUCCAGGACCCAAACUCGGACGAGCCGGGGGGCGGGAGCGGCGAGGAGGACCGAGGCUCCUCCCAGGACGAGGAGAUGCUAAACGGGGGGAACAGCAUCAACGAGGCGGAUUUUCAGUCAGGGGAGGACAGUCUGAUAGCCAACGAGGUCCACCAGUAGCAGGGGGUGGAGCUAGAGGGAGAGGGAGGAGCUUACGGGUCUACGCUCACGCCACAGUAAAAAAGAAGCUGACUGGAGAAUCACUGCACAUUCAAACACACAUAGAGAUAGUCUGACCCCGUUAGCUCCUCCCCCUCCCAGCUCGAUGACUUGACCCUGACCUCCGACGCCGGCGCCGGGUCGCCAACUUCCCGCCCUGCUCGCCUGUGGAAACGUCACAGACAUCAGACUGCCUCCACAGGACGCCACUGUACAUAACCACAAAGCCAAAAGUUUCUUUGUUUUUUUCUCGGGGUGGGGGGCGGGGUUUAAAAAUUUGUGCCUGGGCUGGAUUUCCUUUGUUCGCACUCGUGUCUUGACUCCUGAUUGGUCGCAGGAACUCGACCUGUCCAGGGUCAAAGCUGACACUUUUUUUUUUCCUUUGGCGUGGUGGACGACAUCGCCGCCGUCCUCCGACAUCAGAGUGCUGAAUAUCUCGCCAACUGCCAGCUCUUGUAGUGUAGAAGCCUAGCUUACGCAGACGCACCGCACACUCCCUCCCUGUUUGCCCGUUUCAUCCUUCAUUUGGUGGAAUCACGGACGCUCUCGGUUUGAUCAACUCUGCACAUGGACGUUUGGAUUUCUUUGACCUGCCGAGCUUCGCUGCAUGUUCCAAUUCUGUUUGGAUCGAUGACAUCACUUCCUCUGGAUGAUGUCAUCUACUGCAGGCGUAGAUGUGGACACAUAGAUGCUACUUCUGUUCACAAUGGCUAUACGGCCACAUGGGCGCCAUCUUGUAGAGGGGAAGAGGUGUCUAAGAAUAAAUCAAAUCCUGGCAGCAGAUGUCUGUUGAUUAAAAUGUUCAUAACUGAAAUAUGAAUUAUAUUGACAGAUUGAACACGGGUUACAACAGCAUGGCUUCACAAUGAAAGAGGGUGGGGCCUACACAAAUUUUACAUGAACACAAAACCUUCAAAGGCAGAGGAUGGACGUUUUAAAAGUUUUGAUGGCAUCAUCUUUAAAGGCUAGGAAGGAAUGUUUUUAAGCUUUGAUAUCUUGAAAGACAGGACGGAAUGCGUUCUAAGUUUUAUGACAUCACUUUGAUUGGCAGAGGAUGGAAUGUUUUAUAAGCUAUGAUGACAUCUUCAAAGGUAGAGGAUGGACUGUUUUAUAAGCUUUGAUGACAUCAUCUUCAAAGGCAGAGGAUUGAAUGUUUUAUAAGUGCUGAUGACCUCACCUUGAAAGCAGAGAGUGGAAUGUCUUAGAAGCUUUGAUGACAUCAUUGUAAAAGGCAGUGAGGGAAUGUUUUAUACGUAAAAGGAUGACAUCAUAGGAUGGAAUGUUCAUGAAACUGGGCAUGUAGGGGCUGUUUCCCUCCAUUUUCCCUUACUUGGUGGCCAUAUUUGGCAACUUUAGGCAAAGUGGGUGGGACUGGCGAGGGGAAGAAGACCCAGUCAUGAGUCUGUUGGCGAUGUUAGACUUCCUGUUGUCAUAGACUUGCAUUAGUUUUGAGCUGAAGCAGCACCUCUCCAAUAUGGCGCCCGUGUGUCCGUCUGUCAGAAGCUUGUAAGCAGCAUCCAGGUGUAAAAAUUUAUGUUUGCAGGACUGCAGCGGCCUAAACAUCAGCAGAUCCCUGGUCUGAACGCCUGCUGCGGCGCCCAGCUUCACUCUGGUCCCUCAGCUGUCCGAUCAUGGAUCUAACACGACUUCCUCUCUGGUUUCGUUCCGCCUGGUGGACCUUAAAUCAUGAACACGACAAAGGGAGCGGCGAUGUUUGUGUCUGUGUAGGUUUAGCAAUCUGAACUCUUUUCAUCCAUCACCGAGGACUUUGAGCCGACGCUCGGACUCUUCAGCAGCAGCAGUAAGCAGAAGUCUGAGCCCAGGUAGACAAAGAAGAGCAGCGCUUUUCGUCCAGACGGUCUACUCGAAACGCCUGAAAAUGUCAGGAUUCUCAAGGGAAAUGUUCUCUGUCUGUGUGUGUUUUAAAGCGUGUGAGAGUGUUGUGUAGCUUAUUCCUCACCUGAUCAUGAAGAGUACUUCUUCACCAUCAUCAUUAUCAUCAUCAUCAUCACCAGAAAUACUCCGACAACCAGCUACAAGGUCAUUCUUCUCAAACUGAUUCCCUUUAUUAGAUUUAGUCAAACGUUCAUCGUUCAUCCGUCUGACAUGAUUUAGAAAAGAAAAGGACUAAAGUCUGACUUUCACGUCCUCCACAAACGUCUCCAGUCUGUUCCAGGAUGCUGCUGCAGGUCGAGCCAGACAUCAGUUUUAAUCUGACUGAUAAUCUCAUAACACAUUAGCAGGGAUUUAGAUCAGUUCAGAUCAUUCAGGAACCAAUGGUUAAUCCUCCACUUUACGUGGACACACCUCAACAAGGGGGGGUAAAGAGGAGAGCUUUCUGGGACCCAUGGAGGUCAGGAACAUCACGGCCCAUACUUAAUCUGUGAUGAUGUUUUGACCUGAAUAAGAGCCACUCCAACCAAGCAUUAGUACAAUACAGCCUUUUACGGCAUGUAAACCUCUUUAUCAAGAUAAAUAGCUUUUCCUUAUAAUGAUAAGAAAGUUAAGAAUCAAAACAUAGAACUAAACCAUUGGAACAGUAAUGUCUGAUUCAUUACCAGCCAAAACAUGGCAAAAACAUCGUGACAUCAGACAAAGUGGAAGAAACUGAGAGGCAACGAUUGGCUUAAAAGAGGCAAAAGUGGCAGAAAAAUAAGCUAAAAGGGUGGAAAAAGUAGUGAAAAGGGGUUAAAAUAUGGCAAAAACUGGUUGAAAGAGGCAAAAAUGGGCAAAAAAGGCCUAAAGAGUGGCAAAAAAUGGGAUAAAAGCAUCAAAAAAGAGUUUCAAGAUGCAAAAAAUGGUGCAAGUGGAUUUUAAUCGUGGAAAAAAUGACUUAAUAAAGGUAAAAUGGGCAGACAAAGUAGUGAAAAGGUUAGAAUGUGGCAGAAACUUCAUUUAAAAAAAUGCAAAAAUGUUGUUAAAGUGGCUGAACUAUAACAAAAAUGGGAGGACAAGUAGUGUAAGGGGUUAUUACGUGGCAGAAGUGUGUUAAAAGAGACUGAAAUGGUUUAAGAUUGUUAAAAUUGGUGCACUGUGGCAAGAAAUGGGCUGACAAGGCAGUGUAAAAAAGGUAAAGUGGUAGAAAUUGGUUAAAAGAGGCAAAAAUGUGUUAAAUUGUGGGAAAAUCAGCAAAAAAGGAGGUCAAAGUAGUGAAAAGUGGUUAAAAGUGGCAAAUAUGUGAUUAAAACAUCAAAAAUGGGUUCAAGAGUGGCAAAAAAUGGGCAGAAAAAAUGCCGAAAGUGGGUUGUAAUUGUGGAAAAAAUGGCUUUAAAAUGGUAAGACCUGUACAAGGUGGCAAACAGGGCAGACAGAGUAGUCGAAAGAUAAAAAUGUGGCAAAACUUUUAUUUUAAAAAAUGAAGAAAUUGGUUUAAAGAGGUAAAAAUGGCUUGAAGUGGCUGAAACAUCACAAACAUGAGGGGAUUAAGUAGUGUAAGUGGUUAUCAUGGGGAAAAAAUGUGUUAAAAGAGACAGAAAUGAAUUAAGAUUGGUAAAAUUGGUGCACUGUGGCAAAAAAUGGGCCAACAAAGCAGUGAAAAAGGUGAAAAAGUGGCAGAAAUUGGUUAAAAGUUGUGGGAAAAUCAGCAAAAAUGGAGGAAUUGAAAAGUGGUUAAAAGGAGCAAAAAUGGGAGGAAACAGGCAAAAAUUGUUGAAAAGAUGGAAAAAUGCCAUAAAUUUAUUGAUAUCAUCAAUAAAUCCUAAAUAAGGAGGGCCCAGUGGGUCUGUCAGGGUCUCAGACUUAUUCUGUGGCCAGUCCCAAUAAAACCAGUUUGAUAUCUGAUCACUCAGGCUGACACUGAGGAGGUCUGGGAUGUCUUCAUCCCGUACCAACACUCGUUAAAGAGCGCUCCAUCAGCUGACGUGAUCUGCUAGCAAACAAAGAUCCUGGCUUUAUUUAUGUCCACCGAUCAUAGCUCUUUGUAGCUCAUUUAUAAGAACCACACGGGGCUUUACGCUCCCAAACAGCCCUUCAUUUGGUUCCAGUUUGGAUUUUUUAUGUCUUCAAAACAACAAAAUCUCAAAAGGAAACUCUCUCUCAAACAGGAGCCAGCUCCCGUCAUUCACUAAAGGAUCCGGCUCUCAGAACCAGCUCGUCCGUGAACGGCACAUCACAAUACCCUUGAAAGUUGUCAUUUCACUUUUCAUUAUGUUGACUGGCCUUUGUCGGCAACUUCGGUCCACUGUUUGGUAAAGUAGCACCAUCAGGAUCACAUGACUCGAACAGCCUCUAUCUCGACCUGCAGCAGCAACAGACGUCGCGAGGCGAAAGCGAACUUUGAGGCGUUUGCGAGCAGAGACAUGACGGUGAUGAAAAAGUCUCAGGUGUUUUUUGUUUUCCUGACUCAUGUUUACAUCCGUUUGUGUUGCUCCUGUUCACUCUCCUCCUCCGCAGCGUGUGUGUUAAUGAGUGUGUGUUAAUGAGUGUAUGUUAAUGAGUGUGUGUUCAUGUACGUCGAUGCGUGAGCCGACACAGAGCUGGACUAUGAAAGCUGUAGCCUGCAGGACGCCGUUUGGCGGCUACACGCCGGAGAACCGCAGCGUCUGGUGUCGCCAUGAUGUGUCUGUUUUCUCUGUGAGUUCAGUUUGGGGUCACCUCCAGGGGGCGCCCCGGCCGUGAUUGUAUGCACACGAACCUGAAGGAUCCAGAUGUGAGGAGGGAAUCAGAGGCUCAGCCAGCAGCUCUUGACCCACAGAGAACGCUCCAAUCAGACGGAACGGAAGGACGCUCCGAAGGCUCUGAUUGGUCAGAUGUUGUUGCAGCGACACGACCAUCAGCAAGCACAGACGGAUAAACGUCCUGGCCUGUUUUCCUGAUGGCAGCUCGUUUUUAAAAAGGUCCUACAUGAAUCCAUUUUCAGCUCAGUUUGAGCGCUGAGUCGGACACUGGGAGGGCUGAAGGCUGGUCCAACUAUUUCUCUUUUAAAUGUUUGAAUGUGGAAAACCUCGAUUUCAAAAUAUACAUUAAAAAUGUGGAUUUGGAAAUAUAAAAAAAUAUAUAGAGAUUUGGCAAUAUAAAAAAUAUUGAUUUGAAAAUGUAAAAAAAAUUUAGAUUUGGAAAAAAAAAAUGGAAAUAUAAAAAAAUGAUUUGGAAAUAUACAUUAAUUGUGAUUAACUACAAAAAUUAUGAGAUUAAUGGUGAUUAAAAUCUGUUAUCUUUCAAAAGCUCUAAAAAUAAUCAAAAUUUAAGAAUAUGAGAUUCUAACUUUAAAGAUUUUAAAAAAAGAAAACAUGGAUUUAGAAAUAUAAAAAAUCCAGACAUAGAAAUUGGGAAAAUAGAAAAUUUUGGAACUGCAAAAACCUUUUUUUAAAAACAUUAAAAAUCAGAGAUAUGAAAACCUGGUUUAAAAACAGAAAAACAAAAACAAUUUGUUUUAGCUUAUGUUAUCUAAAUUCUAGAUUUGUUUUUUUUUUUAAAUAAAUAAUCUAAAUACAGAAAGAACAAUUUAAAUCUGGAUUUGAAAAUCUAUAAACUUGUAAACAGAUUUGGAAAAAUGAAAGUUUUGGAAUUACAAAAAGUCUAGAUUUUAAAUAUGAAAACCUAGACUUUGAAAGAUUUAAGGAAAACCUGAUUUAGAAAUUAAUCUGAAAAUGUUUAACCAAAUUUCUGGAGCAGUUUCCUUGAUUUAGUAAAAAUCAACUUUAUUAUGACCAGUUAUAGACAUAAAUAAGUUCAAGACGAAACAAAUCUUGAUAAGUAAAUUAACAUGUAUGGAUAAAGAUCCACAGGGAUCCCUACAUCUUCAAAUUUUUUUCACAUUUGCACAAAUUCAGACCCACUUUGGAUCCCGACCCACCUGUUGAGAAACCAUGUUCUGGAUGGAUGUGUUGGCCGGCAUGUUUGAGACGAGAUGAGACGUGAAGGCCGUUUUAGGGGUUCAUACUCCACCGUCAGCGCUCGCCGCCAUCCUACACCCUUUAGUCAGCUGAUUUCUGGAGUUACUCAGCUGAUUUCUGGAGUAAGUCAGCUUAUUUCUGGAGUUAGUCAGCUGAUUUCUGGAGUUAGUCAGCUGAUUUCUGGAGUUAGUCAGCUGAUUUCUGGAGGGUUAGUCAGCUGAUUUCUGGAGAGUUAGUCAGCUGAUUUCUGGAGGGUUAGUCAGCUGAUUUUUUGGAGUUAGUCAGCUGAUUUCUGGAGAGUUAGUCAGCUGAUUUCUGGAGUUAGUCAGCUGAUUUCUGGAGAGUUAGUCAGCUGAUUUCUGGAGAGUUAGUCAGCUGAUUUCUGGAGAGUUAGUCAGCUGAUUUCUGGAGAGUUAGUCAGCUGAUUUCUGGAGGGUUAGUCAGCUGAUUUCUGGAGGGUUAGUCAGCUGAUUUCUGGAGAGUUAGCCAGCUGAUUUCUGGAGAGUUAGUCAGCUGAUUUCUGGAGAGUUAGUCAGCUGAUUUUUUGGAGUUAGUCAGCUGAUUUCUGGAGAGUUAGUCAGCUGAUUUCUGGAGUUAGUCAGCUGAUUUCUGGAGGGUUAGUCAGCUGAUUUCUGGAGAGUUAGACAGCUGAUUUCUGGAGGGUUAGUCAGCUGAUUUCUGGAGGGUUAGUCAGCUGAUUUCUGGAGAGUUAGUCAGCUGAUUUCUGGAGAGUUAGUCAGCUGAUUUCUGGAGGGUUAGUCAGCUGAUUUCUGGAGAGUUAGCCAGCUGAUUUCUGGAGAGUUAGUCAGCUGAUUUCUGGAGAGUUAGUCAGCUGAUUUCUGGAGGGUUAGUCAGCUGAUUUCUGGAGAGUUAGCCAGCUGAUUUCUGGAGAGUUAGUCAGCUGAUUUCUGGAGAGUUAGUCAGCUGAUUUUUUGGAGUUAGUCAGCUGAUUUCUGGAGAGUUAGUCAGCUGAUUUCUGGAGAGUUAGUCAGCUGAUUUCUGGAGGGUUAGUCAGCUGAUUUCUGGAGAGUUAGUCAGCUGAUUUCUGGAGGGUUAGUCAGCUGAUUUCUGGAGAGUUAGUCAGCUGAUUUUUUGGAGUUAGUCAGCUGAUUUCUGGAGAGUUAGUCAGCUGAUUUCUGGAGUUAGUCAGCUGAUUUCUGGAGGGUUAGUCAGCUGAUUUCUGGAGAGUUAGACAGCUGAUUUCUGGAGGGUUAGUCAGCUGAUUUCUGGAGGGUUAGUCAGCUGAUUUCUGGAGAGUUAGUCAGCUGAUUUCUGGAGAGUUAGUCAGCUGAUUUCUGGAGAGUUAGUCAGCUGAUUUCUGGAGAGUUAGUCAGCUGAUUUCUGGAGAGUUAGUCAGCUGAUUUCUGGAGGGUUAGUCAGCUGAUUUCUGGAGGAUUAGUCAGCUGAUUUCUGGAGGAUUAGUCAGCUGAUUUCUGGAGAGUUAGUCAGCUGAUUUCUGGAGGGUUAGUCAGCUGAUUUCUGGAGGGUUAGUCAGCUGAUUUCUGGAGAGUUAGUCAGCUGAUUUCUGGAGAGUUAGUCAGCUGAUUUCUGGAGGAUUAGUCAGCUGAUUUCUGGAGGGUUAGUCAGCUGAUUUCUGGAGGGUUAGUCAGCUGAUUUCUGGAGGAUUAGUCAGCUGAUUUCUGGAGAGUUAGUCAGCUGAUUUCUGGAGAGUUAGUCAGCUGAUUUCUGGAGGAUUAGUCAGCUGAUUUCUGGAGGAUUAGUCAGCUGAUUUCUGGAGAGUUAGUCAGCUGAUUUCUGGAGGAUUAGUCAGCUGAUUUCUGGAGGGUUAGUCAGCUGAUUUCUGGAGGGUUAGUCAGCUGAUUUCUGGAGAGUUAGUCAGCUGAUUUCUGGAGGGUUAGUCAGCUGAUUUCUGGAGGGUUAGUCAGCUGAUUUCUGGAGGGUUAGUCAGCUGAUUUCUGGAAAGUUCCUGAGCUGAUCUGUGGGUAGAGAGCUGCUGCAUUCACUGACCUCUGUGUGCAGUAAAACUGAAGAUGCCCAUAAUAAUCCUCCUAAUAAUGACAAUAAAGAGUCUGUGUGAUAUUUUUGUAACCUGCUGACUGAAGUAUUUGAUACUGACGUGUAUUAGCUGUGAAGACGAUGCUGUUGUCAAAUGUAACUACAGUUUUUAAUAAUCAGACGCUGCUUUUUGCUUUUCUUAGUUUUUUAAAUUUUGUCUCUGAAGUCGUAAAAAGACGAAUGUGAACCGAAGAGCGAGCAAGACGAAAGCGUCGGACGCUGGAACGGACACGUGUGUAAAAUAAAAAAACUGUAAAUAACCAUGAACUGCACUGUCGUCAUGGAGACGGCUCCAGCUAACAGUGUGUCGCUCCUCAUGCUUUUAAUUUAUUGCUGUGACUAUUUAUUUUUACCUCCAGGUCGUCUGUACAGUGAAACAUUUGUCCUAUUUAUGUUACUGAUCAAUAAAAUCGGCUCCAUCUCUACAAAC